AUGAUGCGAUUUUUACGGAGUGGACUCUGCCUGUCUGUCUGUCUUUUCCAGCUCAUUACUGUUACUCUAGCGGAAGCAAGUGCUGCUGUGAGCACAUUUACUCUUCCCCUGGGAAGCAAUUCAGAAAACUACACCUUUGCCCUCAAUAUCCCCGACAAUUCCAGCGAUGUCUACUUCCACCUGUCCGGGCCGACCUCGUAUUCGUGGGUGGCCGUCGGGACUGGCCAGGAGAUGAAGAACUCUUUGAUGAUCCUGUUGUAUUCGGACGCCAGUGGAAAGAAUGUCACUGUCAGUCCUCGCCUUUGUACAGGUGAAACAGAACCGGUGUAUGCCUCCUCCCUCGCCGUCCAGCUUCUCCCCGGAACAGGAAUCGCGAAUGGCCUCAUGACCGUCAAUGGACGCUGCUCAAAUUGCACAAAAUGGAAUACUGGGUCGUUAGAUUUGCAAUCUACAUCGCAGCAGUGGAUCUUCGCCUUGGGCCCUCACUCUGGCGCCAACGCAGUCCUUCGCAGUGACUCCAAGGCUGCCAACAUCGAGCGACACUCGAAAUAUGGUGUCGUCCUGCUGCGCGUGGUUCCAGGAAGUGUCCGCUGGCACUGGCUAAACCAGACCGUUGCCAGUGUCAUCGCCAUCAUCGGUGUCCUGAUUGGCUUCUGGCUGAGCACCAUGUACACGAAAUCGCAGUCAUUCAACUCAUCACACCAGAUAAUAGGGAUUCUAGUCGCUAUUGCCAUGAUCGCCCAGUGGGGUGUGGGUUUCUGGCACCACCGGCUGUAUAAGCUCCGACAAGCCUCGACCAACUACGGUGUAUUCCACCGGUAUUUCGGGCACAUCGUGGUGUUCUUUGCCAUUGUCAAUGGGGGUAUUGGGCUUAAGUGGUCUUCUGCAUCGACCGGUGCAAUUACUGGAUACGCCAUCGCUGUAGUUAUUGUUUGCAUCCCACUUAUCUGUGCGAUCGCCUGGAAGAAAUGGGCUGCUUAUCGUGGCGGCAAAGGCUACAUUCACCGGCCGGUGCGUAUCGAUGGGGCACAGGAGCGAUCGGAAUCAGAUAUUGGUCUCAAUCAGUAUCCUACUGCCCAAUAUCCUCCCAAGACAUAUAUUUACGCGGGCCGGGAUGGCUAUUAA